AUGGCGUCUCAGACAACGCUGAAACGACCGCCCAAACUAAUCCUGGGGUGUUCCAACUUUGGCUCCCCCAGCGACCCGUUCUGCAGAACCACCUCCGCGGAAGAAGCAGCCGUUCUUCUAAGCAUAUUCGGCUCGUACGGACAUGACACAAUUGACACUGCCCGUCGCUACCCGCCCCAAGCGCCGGGGACAAGUGAAGAGCUUCUGGGCGAAGCACUGGACUUGCUGCGGCGUGAACAUAAGGCCGAGACCGACAUCAUGAUCCAACGAUCUCCAGAGAUACACGUCGACACCAAAGUCCUCUCUGCGCCGGGGUGUCACAAGCCCGAGAAUAUCCAGGAGAGCAUCUCAGCUUCCCUUUCCGCCCUGCACGUGUCCUCGGUGAACACGAUAUACCUACACUACCCAGACAAGACUGUUCCGCUCUCUGAACCCGUCGCCGCGCUCUCAAGCGCCGUGGCGAAUGGCCAGGCAAAGCAAUGGGGCGUCUGCAACUACACCCUCGACGAAGUCUGGGAGAUUCUACGCCUCUGUAAUCAAUACGGGUGGAGGCGGCCGGCGGUGUACCAGGGCGAACACAACGCCCUCAACCGCGUGAACGAACAGCUCAUCAAGUUCUGCCACGAGCAAGGGAUCGCGUUCUACGCGUACAGUCCCGCUGCCGCUGGAGUGUUUUCCCCCAGCGGGUCACGAGUUGGUGCUGAUACGCCGGCGGGCCAGCGAAUCCGGGCUCUGUAUGGAGGCACGGAGAUGCGGAGUGCGGUGCAGGAGGUCAGGGAUGCUGCACGGCGGAGAGGGUUGAGUGGUCAUGAGGUUGCGAUUAGAUGGGCGUUUUGGGAUAGCAUACUGGACGGGGCGCAUGGCGAUGGAGUGAUCAUCGGUGUGAGCAAUCAGAAGCAGUUGACGGACACCUGCGAGUUUUUAGGGAAAGGUGGGUUGGGGGAUGGAGUCCGAGAAGUGGUGGAAAAGGUCUGGGACAGUGUCAAGCCAAAGUAA